AUGCAACAUGUUUGUUCUCACCCCAAUGAAAAUCCUGCAUUUAGAACUACAAAUCCGUUAUACACCCUGUUUCAACCACAACGACAAGUAGACAUUGUUCGCUCUCUGGUCGAUAUUUAUGAACACGAAGGUUACAUGCCUGAUGGUCGGAGUGGUUUGGAAAACGGAAUAACGCAGGGUGGAUCAAAUGCUGAUAUGGUUGUGGCCGAAACCUAUAUCAAAAAUAUUGAUCGCAAUUCGAAAAUAGACUGGUCCCUUGCAUACGAAGCAUUAAUAAAAGAUGCCGAGGUGGACCC